AUGACUUCUUCACCAACUACUCAACCUCCUUCACCUGGAACGAUAAACUAUGAAUGUGAAGAAGAUAUCAGAGUAGAUGGAUAUGAUCCAUUAAUUUCACCACUUCUUUUAAGAUCUGAAAUUCCUACUAGUCAAACAUCUAAAAAGAUUGUAGGUAAAGCUAGAAAAGCUUGUGCGGAUGUGAUUUCAGGUAAAGAUCAUCGAUUGAUUGUCGUUGUUGGUCCUUGUUCAAUUCAUGAUACCGAUCAAGCUCUUCAAUAUGCAAGACUACUUUUACCAGAAAUCAAAAACUUUCCAGACUUAGUGAUCAUCAUGCGUUCUUACUUUGAAAAACCUAGAACGACUGUUGGAUGGAAAGGUUUAAUAAAUGAUCCAGAUUUAGAUGGAUCAUGUAAAAUAAACAAAGGAAUGAGAAAAGCCAGAGAAUUAUUAAAUACUUUAACUGAUAUGGGAAUUCCAGUAGGAGUUGAAUUAUUAGAUACGAUUAGAACAGAUUCUCAUAAAAAGCUCCUUGAUUCCCUUUGCUCUUCAAAUAGUCCACAAUUCUUAUCUGAUUUAAUUUCAUGGGGAGCAAUUGGAGCAAGAACCACCGAGUCACAACUACAUCGAGAACUCGCAUCCGGUACCUCACAUCCGAUCGGGUUCAAGAACGGAACUCAAGGAGACUUACAAGUGGCGAUCGAUGCCAUCAGAGCUGCUGUUUGUCCUCAUGCUUUCUUAGGUGUUAAUGAUCAAGGUUUAGCUUCGAUUGUGAAAACGAUUGGAAACCCUGAUGUACAUGUGAUCUUAAGAGGUGGGAAAGUACCUAAUUAUGAAGCUCAGUUUGUCAAAGAAGCCAGAGACCAACUUUUGAAGGCUAGACCUGCUUUUCAUCCUGCUAUUAUGAUUGAUUGUUCUCAUGGAAACUCACAAAAAGAUCAUCGAAAUCAAUCUAAAGUAGUUAACAAGAUUUGUGAACAAUUAAUUGACGGUGAUCAAUCCAUCGUAGGAGUCAUGAUCGAAUCCCACAUCAACGAAGGACGUCAAGACGUUCCAAUCGAAGGUCCAUCAGCUCUCAAACCUGGUGUCUCUAUCACUGAUGCUUGUGUGAAUUUCAAAACGACUAUCGAGAUGUUAAACCAAUUACAAGUAGCUGUAGUUAAACGAAAAGAAGUUAGAUCUACCCAUACUAAUGGUUAUCAUUAA